AUGCAAAUCACGCGCUCUCUCGUCCUCCUGGCCACCUCCGGCAUGCUGGCUUCGGCCGCACCCACCGCCAAGACCCCCGCGGACGAUGCUUCCACGGAGCGGCAUCUGGUCAAGGUUGCUCCGGCUGAUCCCGGCACGUGGCUCACGGAUGAGGAGAAGGAUGUUCUUGCAGUCAACCGCGUCGGCUUCCACGACAUCACGGGUGUGAGCGAGGAGGAGCUCGCCGUCCUCUCUGCCGAUCCUGACGAGGUCAAGCUCGAGGCCCGUCAGGCCGUCACCUACCCGACCACCUUGGCGAACCAGGCAGAGGCCGUGAGGUUGAGCAACCAGGCCACCACAACUAACCCCCAGAGCUGGUUGACGACCUUGUCCAACUUCCAAACUCGCCACUACCGCUCCUCCACCGGUACUCAAGCUGGCACAUGGUUGCAGCAGCAGCUCAGGAGCAUUGUUGGAUCUAAGGGUACCGUCUCAACCAUUACCCACUCCUUCAACCAGCCCUCCAUCAUCGUCCGCAUUCCUGGCCAGACGAGCAACCUGGUCAUCACUGGUGCACACUACGACUCCACCGGGGGAUCAACCACUGCCCGCUCCCCGGGAGCCGAGGACGAUGGCAGCGGCGUGGUGGUCAUCAUGGAGGCGCUGCGGGUGCUCGUGGCCUCGUCGUUCGCGCCCAAGAACACGCUCGAGUUCCACUUUUAUGGCGGCGAGGAGGGCGGCCUGCUGGGCUCGCGCGACGUGUUUGCCAACUACCGCAGCAACGGCCGCCGCGUGCUGGCCUAUCUCAACCAGGACAUGUCGGGCUACUCGCCCGGCGGCAAGCUGACUAUCUAUACCGACUAUGUCGACACGGGCCUCACGGCCUACGUCAGACGCAUCGCCCAGGCCUCGGCCGGCGUCGCGCCCUCGAGCUCCAGCUGCGGCUACGGCUGCUCUGACCACGCCAGCGCCAGGUCAAACGGCUUCCCUGCUGCGUACGUCGGCGACGAGCCCAUUGGUACCUCGGCAACUUGGAUCCACUCCUCCAACGACUCCAUUGACAGGAUCCAGUGGCCCACCAUCCUCCGCCACGCCAAGUUUGUCAUCAACUACUUGGUCGAGGCUUCGUACCUGUAA